GGUGCUUUCCCCGCGCUCCGGGUUCCAAGUACCCCUCGGAUUUCAGAGACCCUCGAGGUUCGGCAGCUGUUGCAGAGCUCGACUUAAGCAGCGCCGGGAUCCGCAGCCACUCUAGGGGGCGUGUCUGGGGGGGUCCCGUGGACCUCUCUGACCACCUCUCUUUUCCAGAUUUCGGCCUCUCCGCCCAGCACGGGCGCUGCCCCUGGCCCACUUAGGAAAAUGGCGACAACUGAGGUACUGAACAUCGGUAAAAAACUCUAUGAAGGUAAAACAAAAGAAGUCUAUGAAUUGUUAGAUAGUCCAGGAAAAGUCCUCCUACAGUCCAAGGAUCAGAUUACAGCAGGAAAUGCAGCUAGAAAGAAUCACCUGGAAGGAAAAGCUGCAAUCUCAAAUAAAACUACCAGUUGUAUUUUUCAGUUGUUACAGGAAGCAGGCACUUAUGAAUCUUGUGAGGAUGAUGCCAAUAAUGAUCCACAGUGGUCUGAGGAGCAGCUAAUUGCCGCAGAAUUUUGCUUUGCUGGACUUGUUAUAGGCCAGACUGAAGUGGAUAUCAUGAGUCAUGCUACACAGGCUAUUUUUGAAAUAUUGGAGAAAUCCUGGUUGCGCCAGAAUUGUACACUGGUUGAUAUGAAGGUUGAAUUUGGUGUUGAUGUAACCACGAAAGAAAUUGUCCUUGCUGAUGUGAUUGAUAAUGAUUCCUGGAGACUCUGGCCAUCAGGAGAUCGAAGCCAGCAGAAAGACAAACAGUCUUAUCGUGACCUCAAAGAAGUAACUCCUGAAGGGCUCCAGAUGGUAAAGAAAAACUUUGAGUGGGUUGCAGAGAGAGUAGAGUUGCUUCUGAAAGCAGAAAGUCAGUGCAGGGUUGUAGUACUGAUGGGCUCAACCUCUGAUCUUGGUCACUGUGAAAAAAUCAAGGUGGCCUGUGGAAAUUUUGGCAUUCCAUGUGAACUUCGAGUAACAUCUGCCCAUAAAGGACCAGAUGAAACUUUGAGGAUUAAAGCUGAAUAUGAAGGGGAUGGCAUUCCUACUGUAUUUGUGGCAGUGGCGGGCAGAAGCAAUGGCUUGGGACCAGUGAUGUCAGGUAACACUGCAUAUCCAGUUAUCAGCUGUCCUCCCCUCACAGCAGACUGGGGAGCUCAGGAUGUGUGGUCUUCUCUUCGACUACCCAGUGGUCUCGGCUGUUCGACCAUACUUUCUCCAGAAGGAUCAGCUCAGUUUGCUGCUCAGAUAUUUGGAUUAAACAACCAUUUGGUAUGGGCCAGACUGCGAGCAAGCAUAUUGAACACAUGGAUUUCCCUGAAGCAGGCUGACAAGAAAAUCAGAGAAUGUAAUUUAUAAGAAGGAACAUUAUUGCAUUUUUUAAGAGGAAAACAUUAUUGCAUUUUUAGGAGGAAAAUUUCUAGCUUAGCUGCAAAAAAAAAAAAAAAAAA